GGUCACACGUUAAGAAUUUUUUGCGAAUUUCAUUUCAAUAAAUUUUGAGAAGAAUUACAAUUGAGUGCUAGAAAAAAUCAUUUAAAGUGUGUUCCUAAAGCAAUAUGUUCUAGUACGUGUUCAUGGUGUGGUCUUGCAACUAUAGUGUUACAUAUUAACAACUGUUUCCGAACGCUGACCCGGAUUCGGAUGUCGGCGUCGCAACGCGGCGGGCACUAGCAAAACAACAAAUGUCUCAAAGCAUUACGAAGACCAUAGAAUAGAGCACUGAAAACGUUGUGUGGGCCAAAGUUUUGCAAUGUGUUUGUAGUUGACCAUCCCACGAAUAGACAGCACAAUGUCUAGUUCGGUAUUCGUCGAGGCACCGAGUGCCAGACGAGCGGCUGAGGGAGAUUCAAAUCUGGUUGUAGUCUACAGCAAAAAUGGCAUCUCUUUUGAUGAGCGUGCCAUGGAGAACCUCAUGGAGGAAAAAUCGAUUGCAACCAUCAGCGUGGUGCGAAUCACUUCGCCCACGCCUAGCAUGGUGGACCAGGAGGAGGCUGAACGCUUAAAGGAAUUAGAGCAGUUCCUAGAUGCGGCAACGGACACUGAGUGGGACAGCGACAAUGGGAGCCAAAGUGGCGGCGAUGACGUCAGAAGCGAGGUGGACCACAAUCCACCCGAUGAUGACAACACCGACGACGAGGUCAACGAUGACUCUACAGAGACCGAAACGGAGGCUCCCAAAACAAGAAAGCGUCCCGGCCGCAAGCCAAAAGUAAUCAAAAAGAAGAAGCGACGCAAACCAAAAGAACGGCCGCAGAUUGUGGGCCUGCGUGUGGAGCAAUUCUAUGCCGAGGGCACUGCCGACAUUCUCGUUAAGAAUGCGCUAAAGCUCGCUGGUUUGUCCAUAUUUAAGAGGACACCGGAGACGGACGCAAUGCUGGAAGCGAUCAAAAACGAUCACAAUUAUACACCCUUCACGUCGCUGGAGCAAAUGAAACUCCACAAGAAAGCCGAGAAAAUAGCCAUGGAAAAGCAAGCUCAGAGUCGGAAAAUCGUUAUGCAAUCACCUGGAAAUGUGAAAAUAAUCAAUGCAAAAAAACGAAUGCAGCCCAUGCCCUUCACUCCAUUGCAAGCCAAGGUCCACCGACUGCCCGUUCAGCCGCCGCAGCAGGACCAGCUGCUGCUACGCAAGCACCAGCCCCAGCCGACGCCGACACUGCCACUGGCCCGAGAGCGGCGAGAAAUUGUUACAAACUCUAUGCUAAGUGCCAGGGCAAGGUCUGGGCGUAGCAUCGUCAAAGUAAUGGCUCCCGUGGAGGACAACAUAGAAGAUGAUGAGGAAGCAGAGAGCUCGGAUCCCGCAGAAGACGAGAAUGCCGACAAAUUGUACGAUACAGAUGAGAUGAGCGAGGAGAGCGACGAUCUUCAGGACACGGACAAUGACAGGGACAGUGAUAUGGACUUCAAGAUGAGGCACGACAGCCGCAGCUCCAAUAAGCGAAAGCGGGCGAGAAAGAUUAGCAGUAGGACGACCAGACAGUCGAGACCCUUGCCACCACAUCCUGCAACGCCGCAGCAGCAGUUCCCCGAGCUCAAGCGGCGCAAGGAACAAGUGCUACUGCGUAGGGAACAAGUGCCGCAGAGUGCGCCGCAGCGCAGGGAGCUAGUGCCACAGAGUGUCGCGCAGCGUAGGGAACCAGUGCCACAGAGUCUCGCGCAGCGUAGGGAACUAGCGACCCAUAUUACGCCGCAACGUAGGGAACCAGUACAACAAUCUUCCGCGCAGCGCAGGGAACCAUUGCCACAGAGCUCCACGCAGCGUAGGGAACUGGUGCCACAGAUUACCCAGCAGCGCAGGGAGCUAUCGCCACAGAUUACCCAGCAGCGCAAGGAGCUGGUGACACAGACUGGAAGGAAGGAACAAAUGCCACAAACUGCCACACAGCGUAAGGAACAAAUGCAACCAGCUGCAACGCAGCGUAAGGAACAGCAGAGUGUGCCGCAAAUUGGACAGAUUAUUCAACUGCCAACCACAAAGGCGCCGCCCACUGUGAUACCAUUGGGCAGAGGAAUCACCACCACUUCAUUCCUUAAAAUACGACCAACCCACCAGACGCUGGCCAUGAGGAAACCACCGCUGUCCAGCGAAGCGCUCGGACUGGCGUCUACAGGAGGCAAGGUGCGUCGGACGCCACUGGUGCAUGUGGGAAAAGUUGUAAAUACUUCAGCGCCUGGUGGCUACAGUACUCCGCCUCCUCAGGACGUGAAGGAAAUUAUAAUCAACAAGAACACGUCUAGCCCCAAGGGAGUUUUCACCAAUCUCAACAGUUUGCUGGGCGAGAAUCAUGCGUCGAACAUGAAAUCUUCGCCCGAUCCACACAGGCAGCGAUCCAACAUGUCGCCCGUCACUCCGCGUUCCAGCUAUGUGGCUAAUGUGCAGCAGUCGCCAGAUGCUGUUGCAGUUACAGUUCCUGUACCAGCCAAGGGCUUUAUGCCCAUCGGCGUGGGCACGGCUCAAUCUCAUAAGCUGCCCUCACAGAUUGUCAUCGAAACGCAUCAGAGCUCCUCCGAGCUGGCUGCCGAAAAUGACAAGCAAUUGGACCUCAUCGAUUCGAUAGUGAAGGAUGAACUACUCAAGACGACGCUCGUCGAGCAGCCAGCAGUCGUGAAUGCGGAUGAAAAUAUACCAAAACUGGUCAAGAUGCUGGAGGGUACGGCAUCGGUGCUGGAUCAGGGACCAGCAGCAGCAGCAGUGGCCGCCGCAACAGUAUCAAUGCCAGCAGUAAAACAAAACGAAAUCUUUACGGACUACGGUCAACCGGUGGUCACUCAGGGUCUGUUGAAUGCUGUUGUACCAGUGGAUGAUAAUGAUGCCAUUGACUUGGACACUGCCCGCCUGUUGAAUACUCCAGAUGAAGAUGCAAUCACCGCUGACUUCCUGCAGCAUGUGGUUGGUCUGAUCCAAGAGGAUAAGCACUUUAAGGCUGAGGUGGAGCAAGUGCUGGCCAUCGACGACCCUGGCGGUCUAGAUGCGAUUAUGUCUCUACCUCCACCUGUUGAGUCACUGGUCCACCCAGCCAUCCUCCACACGUCUUCCUCUGAGCCACAUCCUCCUGCAGUUCUCGCCGAGCACAGCCAUUUGCCAACCCCCAUGCCCAUGGCCUGCAGCACACCAUCGAGAAGCAGCGUAGUAACCGCUCCAGCAUCAAUCGGAGCACAAAUGUGUCCCGAGGGUAAGGUUGUGCGUGGCAAUGGACGAGUCAUUUACCUCCCCCCCAUAGAAGCCCCGACAACACGCGCGAAACGCCGCGCACAAUUCACGCCCACAAAUUCUUCCGCCACAAGUUCGGGGGAUCUUAAUCUGAGCAGUGUGACGAUUCUGGACGCCACGUUGGACAGCAGCAGCUUCAGCAACGAAAGCCAGACGCCACACAAACCUGGAGUCAUGCCAAAGCGUGCCAAUCCAAGAGAGCCAUCGUUGGCCAGACGCUCGACUGUGCCCAGACGAACGAAGAAGUUAAAUGCGAGUCAGUCGAAUGACACCGAAGCCUCAGAAUCUCAGGAGGAUGAUGAUGACCCAAACAAGCUCUGGUGCAUUUGCCGUCAGCCACACAACAAUCGGUUCAUGAUUUGCUGUGACUUGUGUGAGGAUUGGUUUCACGGCACCUGUGUGGGUGUCACCAAAUCCAUGGGCAUUGAGAUGGAGCAAAAGAGCAUCAUGUGGAAGUGUCCCAAAUGUGUUAAAAAGCAGGAGGAAAAGAACCAACCAAGGAUUACGGAUAUGUUUAUCAUGAGGCCGACCAUUCAAACAGAAGAAACCUCGAGUGAAACCAAAGUUUUGACGGAGUCUGUUGCUCCACAGACCAAUCGAACGCUGCCAUUGGGCGUUACUGUCGCCAGUGCGCCGUUGCGUAGUUCCUUAACCAAGCGAAUGCCAACCAAUCAACAGCAGCCGCCGGGUAAAAUGAUGCUACAGAAGCCACAGCAGCAGCAGCAUCAACAGCAGCAGCAUCAACAGCAGCAGAUACAGUUUGUCAAAUUAGGAGCGCCGAGUGCCACCAGUUGUGUGGUCUGCAAGCGAUUGACAGCUGGCUCCCAGUCUGUUUAUUGUAGCGAUGAAUGCAUACGAAAAUAUGCACAAGACGCAAUCCAGGCGCAGACGUCUGCCAAGAGUCCCGACAGUCCGGUGUCGCCGAUGUCGGUGGACAUGCAAUCAGCACAAAUGAAUUCCACAAACAGCGCAGAUUCAGCCAAGAGGCACAAAAAGAAGGAUCUCUUUGAGGAUGUGUUGCGUCAGGCAGACGCUGUGUCGAAAAUUGAGCGGAUAAAUGUGAUUGAGCGUAAGAGUGGGCGUGUCAUUACUGGCCACUUGGCACCCAUAGCACAGCACUUCAGAAAAUGGCUACAAGACAAUCCCACCUUUGAGGUGCUUCCUUCGGGUAGUUUUCAGUCCCUAGACACAGAGAAGCGUCAGUUCAAACGAAUUUCGGAUACCCCAGCGACGCCCGGGACAUCCGCAGCGGUUACUAAACUGCCCACAAGUGCAACGAAAGUCCAACAGCAGCUGCGAGUAGCCACACCACCCAUUCACGCCCUGCCCAAAAGAGACAACAACAAACCGCUGGCCCAUGUGGUUGCGCCACGAUCUCCCAACAAGCCCGAGCCCGUACGGCUGAAUGUGCGACGCACGCUCAAGGAGCAGCUGCUGGCGCGCAUUAAGGAGGCACAAGAAGCAGAACCGGGCUCAAGCUCAAGCACUACCACGCAAUGGCUGACAGCCAUCGAGGCGGAGCAGUUCGUCAAGAGUGUGGAGUCGGAAAUGUAUCAUUCGUUUGGUUGCGAUGUCGGUGCCAAAUACAAGUCGAAAUAUCGCUCACUCAUGUUCAAUAUUAAGGAUCGCAAGAACAAGACGCUGUUCGAGAAGAUCUGUGCCAAGCAGGUGGAGCCCAAGCAACUUGUGGCCAUGACGCCCGAGGAGCUAGCCAGCCAGGAACUUGCCAAGUGGCGUGAGGAAGAGACGCGUCAUCAGCUGGAGAUUAUUAAGAAGUCAGAGCUAGACAUGUUGUCCUGUACGCAGAACUAUGUGUUGAAAACCCACAAAGGGGAGCAGGAGAUUGCAACCAAAUUGGAUGUUACUCUGCCUGAAGAGUCGUUCCUGGAGUCGGACAAAAAGAAUAACUCUCAGAUGAGCGAUCACGACAGUUCCAGCAAGGAUGUCAGCGUAGAGCAUGCCAGCUCUAGGGAAAAGUCCGGUUCGUCCAAGGAGAAGCGGCACAAGAGCCACAAGCGACAUCAUCAGCACAAGAGAAGUCGCAGUCGUUCGAGCAGUCAAACGCGCAGCCUUGAGAAGCGACACCGAAGGCACCACAACGAUGUGGAGGCUGGCGGAGAGCGAACACACCGUCAUCACGAUAAGCAGCGUAGUAAAGAUCGAGAUGAACGUAUUCCAACGCCAACCAAAAGAAGAGAGGAGAAUGACCGAGCAGCCUUACCUAGAGAAAAGAAGCCAGAGGAGACCAGAGGAGGCACUCGCCAUGCCUAUAAGCUGAUUGAUAAAACUCUUGAUUCUACAAAGACCAUGGAAAAUUCUCCCAAGCAGCAGCAACCUGUCAAGUCUAUUUCUCCAACGACAGUCGCUGCAAAGGCUGCCACUCCUGCAGCCUCGCCAGUUAGUCCGGUGGACAGCUACACUCGCUAUUUGCAAGGUCUGCCCAAACGAACGCUGUGGUCCGGCAGCCUCAACAUGAUAGAUGUGGCCAACUUCCAGGUGGUGGCACAUCCUCUUCUCAGCAAUUCGCAUCAACUGCCCAAGCUAAUGCCCGUCAAAUUAGAUGUGAUUGGCCGCAUAGCACGUCUCAAUGUCUGGGAAUACAUCAAGAAGAUCAAUAAGAUUCCAACCAAAGAGGUUGUCUUAGUGAAUCUGUUCCCAUCCGGACCGAGUGAGAUUAAAAAGUUUGAUCACUUUUUUGAAUAUCUGGACUCGCGGCAACGGUUGGGUGUGAUUCAGGCUGAGGCGGAUCAGAUUCGAGACUUUUACAUCUUUCCGUUGGGAUCAAAGGAUAAAUUGCCAAGUGUGCUGGAGCAUAUCACAGAGCUGGUGCCCUUCUACGAGGACACGGAGAGGCCCAAUACACUGAUGGGGAUUAUGGUUCACUGUCUGCCAACGCCUUUGUCUGCUCCCGCGACCAGCAGCAGCAGCAGCAAGGCAGCAAAGAAGUCACGCAGCACAACAUCAUUUACACCGCCAAGUAGUCCCAGACGUAAGCCGAGCAAUCACUCGACCAGCUCUAAGGAUGACGAGUUCGAUAUUGAUGCCAUCAUCAAAGCACCCAUUGCAAAAAUGCGAAAGACUGCAAGUAUACCGCCAGCAGUGCCAAUGCCAGCGUUGCCAGCUCUGAAAGAUGACGCAAAUGAACCAUACUCGCCAGGCGGUAGUUCCGGCGAAGAAUGUGUUACGGCGCCAGCUCCUGCCAGCAGUCUGGCGCGACAGAUGGAUGAAUUAAACAAACAAAUCGCUGCACAAAAAUUGGAAAUUGAGGACCUGCUCAAUGUGGAACCUUCUGGAUCUGCCCUAUCCAGAAUAUCGUUUCCACCAGAUCUUCCAAAGAUCCUGGCUAGCAUUAAGGACAAAUCGGACUCUGCGGCGAAAAUUGGCGACAGUAAGGACUACAAUCCCGAGGAUGCAAUAACCACACUCAGGCCAUAUGUAACGGCAGCAACGACUAAGAGCAAAGGCCGUUUGGCGUGUCUAAGUGAAGCUGAGCUUCUUAGCAUGGUGCCGGACAAUCUGGUAGACUUGGUGCCACCCACAACGUCAAAGAACCGACUUCAUAAUCCCCCACCGCCGAAUACUUAGGGACAGAGUUUGAAAAUGAUACACUACUCCGUAGUCUUUCGUUUUUCUCAUACUUUGAACGAAGCCGUAGCAGAGCCAUAGCUGAAAAUUUAAGAAGCACUUGCUCUGCUCUGCUGUAGUUGUUUGUGGAGCAAUAUCCAUUGCAAAAAGAUAAAUCACGUGCUCUGCGUUGCCGGAGCCAGCUCAAAGCUGGCUUCUGGGACGUUUGGUUCUCACUCAUCAAGCGCGGAGCCAGCAUAUCGGUGCCUUAUGAAUCAGUGUGCGAACAAACCGGACACAGCAUUGAAGCAACAACAAAAACACCUGAGAGCCGUAGUUUACCGUAAUUUUAUUUGUUCUGGGCUCAUCCGCUAUUGCUCCCGAAAAAACUACACCAGAUCAGAUUGCGGAUAUGGCUAUACAGCGGCUAUGUUCAAAGUGUGAGCCGGUUGCGAGUGCUGCUUCGAAGUAGUAAAUGCGAAAGCUGCUUAGGGAUGCUUUCGAAAUUAUUUUAGUCUAGGCUUAGACGCGAAUUCUUGUACGAGUAUUUGUUGUUAGUUUCGAAAAAAGUUCAAUAUUUCAUUUGAAAUUAUAUAUUUCGCCCUGUCACUCCCAUUCACGUGUACAUUCUCAUACAGCAGCGAUUUGAAUACCAUUUCUGUAUUAUAUAUAGCUAGCAAUUGGAACAAAUAGUUCUACCUGUCCUUAACAGUGAAAAAAAAAACAUUAGGAAUCGGUUUUCAAAAGCUUAUCCAAACUCCCUUCUCUCCCCAUCAACAAAAAUUGUACAUUUCCUCGAAAAUAAAAACCAAAACUAUUAAGUAAACUUUUGUUUAAGGAUA